UCAUAUACAGAAAACGUCCUAUCAAGGGGAGGAGGACAGCAGCUAUUUGACAUAUAUGACGUUACAGUCCAGUUUAAACAUUCCUGCACCAAGUACAAGGAUCCAUUCAGCACUACAGAGAUAGACUUACCAUUUUCCUCUGCCUUACAGAAAGCAGCAAACAGGAAGCAUGAAGUGGUUCAUCUGUGUGGGAAUCUUCUUUAUCUGUUUGGCCAACCAUGUAGCCUAUGCCAGGAAUAUUCCGGAAGGAGUGCCUUAUGAUGAACCACCGGCAGUGCCCUACUGGCCCUACAGCACCAGUGACUUCUGGAGAUAUGUGGAAUAUUUUCGCACCAUAGGGGCCUACAAGCACAUCGAUGAAAUGGCCAGAACAUUUUUCGCUCACCAAUCGCUUGGAGACACCCUGGGGUUCGAGGCGGCACAGCAGGAACCUUAAAAACCUAAUACCACGUUUGCCACUUGUUUAAUGAUAGGCUUCAUGGCGCUAUAAUAUUAGAAGCUUUAGUACAGGAUUUCAAACAAAAUGUAGAGUUAGAGCAAAUGAAUGUAAAACAAUUUUUACAGUUAUACGCUUAGCUUGAUACAAAAUGUAAAAAGCAUGCCAUUCAAUGUAAUAAUAUUGUGUUGACACAAGAAUGCAAUACUGUACUAAUAAAG